AUGGCGACGCCCCGCCACCUGCCGCUGCUGCUCGCACUGCUGCUGGUCGAGCUCGCCCGCGCCGCACCCACCGACAUCGCAGGAGCGGGCGACGUCUUCGUGUUCCCGGAGCCGCACGUGGUGGCGGCGGCGGCCCCACUGCCCACGGCGUCUGCGUCUGCGGCGGCGGCGUCGGAGGCUGCUGGGGGCGGCGUGGGGGCGAGCGCCGUGGCCGAGGGCGGGCUGGCGGGCGCCUCCAGCUUCAGCGGUCCCGGGUUCGCGGCCAGCCACGCCUCCAGCUACGGCGGCGGCGGGGGCGGCGCCUUCAGCUACAGCAGCGGCGCGCACGCCGCCUCCUACAGCUCCAGCUUCGGGCCGGCGGGGGCGGCGGUCCAUCACUCGGCCAGCUUCAGCUUCAGCCACAGCCAGGGCCACGGCCACGGCCACGGCCAGCAACAGUUCCCGCAGCUGCCGCCAGAGUUCGUACGCCGUCGCGGCUCGUCUUCCAACCCAGCGUUGAAAUCUCCGGAGCUAUUGCGGCGACUGAUGCGACGCCUAUCGACUGCCAGGCGAAACGCCACGACAUUUCUACGAAGGGCAGCGGCCUCGUCUCAUUGACAACUGCUGUGCUAGGAAAAAUGUCUCCAUGCUCAAGCUUUUUUUUUUUUUUAAUUUAAUUCCUGCUACGUAGUAGUUACCAUCUCAAGUUACCGAAGAAAACCUCAAGUUGACCAAAGCUGUAAAUGUAAGCAAAGCACCCGCACGCAGGUGUUGCAACUCACUGCCAUAACUCCAACGUUGUGUUCAGCCUCUCACCAUUUAAGCAUAAAUAAAUAGCAUUGCUCAAAUUUUAAUACAUGAUUUGCAACAUAACCCUACCGUCUAAUUUUUACGCUUAUAUUUAUAUUUAUAGCGUGUUUUUAAAGCGAGACAAUUCCGUCAUUCGUAAUACAAGAUGUGCUCCCAUCAGAUUCUCAGUUAGUGCACGUUUUCUUAUCGCGUUUGUUGUUCAGAAUUAGUCGAACGUAAACUAAAACAGACAUUUAGAGACAGAAUGUUUUUAACACGUUGUUGUAGUCAGGGUAUGUAUGUAGUGUAUACAUUCGUGACUCUUUAAACUCUUCCCCUUCUCCAACAGGAUAUAUGAACAGAUAUCGACAAUAUUUCUAGUCUAGUACAACCGGCAACGUUGCUCAGGAGUCUGUGGUAUCAGACGCAGUGCUGGACCAAUUCCUUAACGACCAAUUUCUGUAUGAAAUUUUCCCCCCGUGUGUCGCCUAUCAAAGAAACAAACAAAAACAACUGUAACACUGUCUCUCUGUUAUGUCUCUAACACAGUUAAUAAAUGUAAUUAAUUAUCCAUUGAUUCGUUCUGAAUAAUUGCAUUUUUUGUAGUACCCUGUCAUACUUUCGCUGCAUACAAUUUUAAGUUAGCAGUGCACCUUUUUAGACUACAUGUUGAAAAAAAUGUUACUGAGUACCUUAUAAGUCGUUUUGAAUUUUAAUGGUCGAAGAGUAACGUCUUGUUGCUUAGUUUCCCCAAAAUAAUUCAGAAAUGAUUCUUUGGUUUUCGUUAUCGACCCUUGUGCAGCUGAAAUAUGUGAUCUAUAUUUGCGGAAGACGUUUCUCGCUUUUAUUUAUCAAAGCAUCAUCGAAGCCUCUUAUAACAAUACACAAUGUCGAAGGCUUUCUCCACUUGGAAAAAUAGUCUAAAGGCGUUUGUAAGUGUAACGUACGUGGAGCAAGUGGUAGCCUUUGAUAAGACACUAUCCUUUCUUUUUGGAGAAGCGUGGUUCAAAUUCCCGUCCUGUUACCAACACUUCUGUUUCCGAGGACUCCGUAGGCACGAUUUCUAGAAUGGUUCCUGCCUGCUUCGCUCUUAACGACAUCGAAGGCAUUCGUUUAAGCCUAUUAUCCCAGUGCCUAAAGUAGAUGUUUCUUAUACUGAUCACUGUUUAUUGUCUUCUAUUAUUCAGUAUACGCUGGAUGAUAUAAUCUGUUAAACUUAAACACAGUUAUUUCCAGAUUCUUUAUACAACGUAUCACAAACAGUUAUGGUCAAAAGUAUGCAGACGGCAGAAGAUCAUGUUUUGGGUUAAGGAAAUAAUGGACGGAAUGAAUAUUUCAGGUGUUACGAGGUCUCUGAUUAUCUACACAUGGGAGACUCGGUUGUGUAUGUUUCAUUCCCACGUCGACUUUGACACUAUGCCCACUGUAAAGCUGCCACUGUUUACGGUUCAUGGCUUGUCUAAGAUGGAAAUUUAUGGACUUGCAUUUAUAGACUUGCAUGCAUCUGCAGCUGGUAGCUGUAGCGUCCGAAUAGUCAGACAAAUAUGCAAUAUUUGCUUUUAACAUUUAUCUGCAUUGAUAAUCUAUUACUUAUCUAAUUAAAUGAACUGUA